AAUUAUUCAAAGAAUUGAUCGGAAAAGUGAAACAAACCAUUUACAAUAUCACACAGUACGUGAAAUAUGAGAAAAAGAGAACCUCGUGACCACCAAUGACACUUUCCCACGUGACACUCAUUAAAACGUCAAUAUAAACUUAAAAACUUUUUACAACCCAAUUAAACUUGAGGAAACUAACUCCCCACCACCCCUGUAUUCAUUCCUCUCACAACACACAACACCAUAUGGCUUCUUCUCAUUCACUAUCAAUUUCAAAUCUUUAAGACAGUAUUAUCCUAAACAAGACAAUGAAAGAUCUUUCUUUCUUCUUCCUCAAAAAAUACUCCCUCGCCUCGAGAAUGCGAGGACGAGGUCCACGUAGCGGCUUUGCUAGCUCUUGUGGUGGUGAUGGCUCAACUUUGACACUAAACCAACAUCAAAAGAACGAUGUGGGGCCUUCUGUUACACCUGAAAACACUCCUUUCGGUGGAGGAUCUCCGAGAACUCUAGAGGAGAUGAUACUUCAGCUAGAGGUUGAAGAAGAUAUUGUUCGAAGAGCGAGACUCCGUGAAUCUUACUACGGUACUUACGAUAAUUGUGAUGACCAUAAUGAUGUUGAUGAUGAUAAGUUAUAUCAUCAGCCCGCCCGGAUGUCAUGCGUUAACAGUUCCGAUAUUUUGAGGUCAGCAAGGAACGCGUUGAAUCAGUACCCACGUUUCUCACUGGACGGUAAGGACGCUAUGUACCGGUCAUCCUUCCGGCGCCAUCUUGGCACCAGUGCUGACAUGACGAUACAGGGUGGGCGGAGAUCCCACUGCGGGGAUCAACGGACAUCAAAGAGAUCGAGCCAGAUGAGCUUGGAGACAAAACGCCUGCCACGGACAGUGGCCGGAGAGAGUGUGGUAUGGUGCAAGACGGGGGUUGUUGCAAAGCUGAUGGGUCUGGAGAUGAUACCUGUUCCGGACAAGGGAAAAUCGGGAAAAGAUAAGUUAGGGACUCUGCUCAAGAGGGAGCGUCUAAGGAGGAGAGAACGGACUCUGGACGUUAAUGGUCGGACCGGUCCGACGACUGAAGCUUCUUGCUCGUCUGGAGGGUUUAACAUUACUAGACCAAUCGGAGCAGUUGGGUCGCCUAGUCGCAUGGGUGGAUGGCCCACAGCCCGUCUCCCAUAGACUUACGAUGCAAAACUAGCCCAUUAAAAACCUUCAUGUUAUCUAUAAAUUUUCAUUACUGAUUGAUUCAGUAACUUUCUAUGUUUCUCAUAAA